GGUUUUUUUUUUUUUUUUUUGUGCUUGACAUGCUUGUAUUUAGGAUGCUACUAGGAUUUUUUAGUGUCAGCUAAUACUGUCAUUUAUAAGAAUAAACCGUUAAAAUUGAUAAUUGAGUAAGUGUAAUAUUAGUUUUUUAUAUAGGCUAAAGCAGUGCCUUGUUAAAGGAUUUGUGGUGUAACCACUUAAGUGUUGAUAAAUUAGCUACAAUUUAGUGUGUCAGUGUUUUCCUUUUUUUUUUUUUUGAAUGGAGGCGGGGACGUUUUGACGCGCUGUAUACAGCGAGCUCGAGCUUGAACGCGGUCACGAGCCGUGCACUUUUUUUCUGUUAGUCGAGUGACUAAGUUGCUGCUGGCGGAGCGCGCUCAACGUAUUACAGAGAUGACUGCUUUCGUUUUGGAACUUUAGCAAAUACUGGCAGCCAGUGAACGAGUAACUGUUACAAACCCACCAAGACUGGAUACGGGUUGACUUGCCGUCGAUGGACAGCAUUUUUGGCCGUGGUUGUGUAGCAGAUAAUUAGUCUUGGCAUGAUUUGAGAACGCGUUUUUCUUGGCUAUUCCAUUGCGCUACUUUGUUGUUGUUUUUCCUUUGUAAACACGCGCGAGACGUGUCCAGCGUCUUUUGCAGCGUGACACGGCGUUCUAAAGAAGUUAAACUUUAAAAAAAAAGACUCUGCGGGAGGUUUUGUUUGUGACCUGCGUCUCGCGUUUUUAAUAACGCGAAAAAAUGUUUACUGCACUGCACUGCAGUUUACAAACGUUUGGAUUAGAUUUUGCGAUGAAUGCCGUUGUUUGGCUUUCUGUUCUUUUUUCUGCGUUGUUGAAAUAUGAUGCUGCGCAUAGCUAGUCUCAUUCUCUGUUUUCAGAAAGAAAUAGGCUAUAUGCAAUUUUUAAUUAAUGCUUGUUGGAAUGUGAUGCUCAUCAUUUCUAAUAAAUUGUAAUUGUAUUCAAUGCAUGUGGCGAGAUCAUUUUGCAUGCGUUUUUUAUUAGGCAAUAAAGUGUUAAGUUGAGCAGUUUUUGUAGUAGUGGGCGUUUUAGCUGCAAGUCAUUGUUUGAGUGUUUUUAAGUAGAACUCAAAUUUCCAAAAACAUUAAGGACUACAUGGGUCAGAAGCAGAACCUUAACCCUAAAACACUUAUAAAAGAAGAGAUUGUUUCUUACGGGCAAUUUACACUGCACUGACCUAUGCUGAGAGUCAACAGAUUGCACAGGAUAUUCCAAGACCAGAGAAAUGCUGAUUCAGCGUGCUCAGUUUACAGAAACAUUAAGCAUGCACUAACAGCAACAGGCUACAACAAGAGUAACACACUGAUCCAACCAAACCCAACAAACUUGUCUGUUGCUGUUGGCUGGCAUCUGCUGGUGCAGUGUGAAUUGGCCUUUAGUAUCAACAGGGCAUAAGGGGAGAGUACACAAAUUCAAAUCAUUAAUAUGUGGAAACUGCUGCUUCAGAUAACAAACAAAUAAAAAGAUGAAAAUCAAACCAAAAAAUCAACCCCACAACAUGAUUCCCAUUGAUAAAGAAUUUGCGUUCAUGACAAAAGAAGCCACAGCAACACGGAUUUCAAUGGACAUAUGGCAAAGAGCCAUCAUCUGCAAUGUGGAAAUGAGUCAUACGUCAGCUCAAGAAGUUCUUGCUGUAAUGGUCAUGUAACUAAUGGAUUAAGCCAACUGGUGGCUGACUGCUGUGGUUCUAAAGCUUACAAUAGCCUAAAUGAGAUUUGCUGUGAUGGCAGCCUCUUCACUCGAAGCAGUGCUCAAGUGCAGUGCUGUGGCAAAGUCAUGUACCUACCGAUGACUCAUUUGUGUUGUGUUGAGAACAAUGUAACUGAACGGAAGGAAAAUCAUGGUUGUUGUGGCAAGGAAUCAUUUGACAUGACAACCCACAUCUGCUGUAGCAACACUCUUACAGUAAAGCUCAAAAAUGAGUCUAGCUCAGAUUCUCCUAGAACAUACAUGGGAAGCUCUCCGGGGACCCGCCCUCUCCCCAAAGUCCCAGAAUUCAAGUGUGGAUCAGAAACCUACAAUCCCCAGGAAGAAAUUUGUUGCUCAGGGAAUAGUUAUAAGGCAUCAGCACUUACUAUGUGCUGUGGUGAAUCUAUUUACACUCCGUUCGAUGAAAAUGUGCUGUGCUGUAACGGAACCCUUCAUCUCAAUGUGCCAAAGCAGUCUGAAUGUGUCGGAGAUGUUGUAUAUACUAACAGUACCUGCCACCUGUCUGCCCGUCCCCGUCUUGGCGAACACUGUUGUGGAGGACAAGCCUUCGAACCUCACACUCAUAUUUGCUGUAAUGGACACAGCCACAACAAGAAAUAUGGUAAUUUCUGUUGUGGUUCAGAUGUCUAUAACCCCCACAACGAGUCUAUGGGAUGCUGCUCGGGUCAUCUCUACAACAAAAGUGAAAAGGAAUGCUGUGGAAACCUCUUGCUGGAACAUAAUAGCAACAAAAUUUGCUGUUCCUCCUCAACCCAUGCCAUGCUUUACGACACCAAACCAAAUCACUUUUGCUGUGGGCAUUACUACUACAACGCGUCCCUGUGGAGCUGCUGUGCAGAACAUCUCAAACCAACACCAAGCCAUAAUAGCGUUCAUGCAGAAUACAGACUUAAACCACUAACAGAUCUGAUUCCUGACAUAUGCAAGAAAACAGUGCUCUUUGGCAAAGUGGAGAGUGUGGCACUUGACAAACAACACCGUCUUGUUGUGUUGAAAGUUGUCAAUGUCUUCAAGGACUCUUGGCAUAACGAAUCCCUGGAUCACUGCAGAACUCCUGCCCUGGAGAACGGCAUGACCUACCUUUGGGAGAACACCAACAAUGGGUACAAGCCUGUCUCCAUCCCUGUUGAGAAAAUCUCUGACAUUCAUAUGUUCUAUACCGUAUGUCACCAACAUAAGUGUCAGAAAGAAGGAUAGAAAUAUGGAUUGAGGUCUAUUUCCAGUCAGUUCAAAGCAAAUCCAUGCUGUUUUUCAUUAGGUGUCUGUUCUGAAGAGAAAUAAUGACCUCAGUAUGUGAAAGCCAUUAUAUUUCAAAGCUAAAACAUUUAUUCCUAUAAGCAAGUUAACAAUGUCUCAGCAUUACAUAUUGUCAUCUUGUGCUUUUUUUCCCCAUUGGACUGAUCCUGUGUGGAUUAAGCUAUUCAGUCAGAUAAUUUUAAUCAAAAGAGUUCUCUCUUUUGAAAUUUAAAUUGCUAUGCAGUGUUCAUUUUAUGUAUUACAAGUUGCACUGCGACAGCAUUUUUAAUUGUACUGUAUUUUGAUAUUUUAUCAGUCUCAGGUCUGUUCCAAUUUCUGUUCCAUGUUUUAAUAAUUUGAAGGGCCUUGAUGUACUAUAGCCCAAAGGUGCUUUUAAAAUUUGUGUUAAUUAAUGGCUUUUAUCCUAAUUCACAAGAAGACAGCAGUUAUUUUUUUUCUUGUAUUUUUGGAUAUUUUAAAAUUUGUAUUGAUGACAACUCGAUAGUAAAUUGUUGUAGCUAUGCAUUUCUUUUUAUAUUUUUAUUUUAUUAUUUCCUUUCAUUGAAUGACAAAUCUAUAGGUCACUAUUUGCCAAACAGUGGUUGUCCUUCACUAACCGUGCGGACACACGUGAAUUUUCACACUGAAAUCUAAACACCUGGGUUAUACAUCUCAUAUAUUCAUUAACACAUUUGCAUACAGUAUGAACCAUGUAGAGACUUGGGAUUUUUUAAUGUUCUCCUGUUCUAUACUGUUUAAUUUCCAUGUAUUAACUAUAUAUAACUGUGAAUACAAGCUAAUCACACAGCUUUCAUUUGUGAUGUUGUGUGAUGAAAGUUCACUCAUUCAGUUUAUUAUAGAAAUGCAGACAUGGAACAUUGUGAAAAUUAUAUAAUAUAUUGCCAUUUGGGAUUGUAUAUCAAAUCUGUUAUUUCUAAAUAAAAAUAUAUUGAGAAGCACAAA